AUCUUUCUCUCUCUCUCCGAUGUCCUCGCUGCCGCCGCCGGCUUUCAUCCAUGGCUGUGGCAGAGGUCGAGGCCCGUGACUGGGCAGAGAUGCCGUCGGACGCGCUCGCUGCCGUGUUCGGGAAGCUGGACGUGGCCGAGAUCCUGACGGGAGCCGGGCUGGUGUGCCGCGCGUGGUGCCGGCUCGCCGCCACGGACCCCACGCUGUGGCGCCGUGUGGACAUGUGCCACCAGGGGGACCUCCUGGAGGCUGAGGAGGUGGAGGCCAUGGCGCGCGCCGCCGUCGACCGUGCCACGGGCACCAUGGAGGCGUUCUGGGCCGACACCUUCGUCACCGACGACCUCCUCCGAUACAUCUCUCAGAGGCAAUCGGUGGUUCUCACUGUGAAUUGCAUGCUUACCACAAACAAUCUAGACGGAUUAUCUUAUCUACCUACAAUCUUGACGGAUUACCACAUCGGAUGAAGCGGGCGCGUGCGGCGGCGGGCGGC